GCUUAUAAAUAAAUAAUUAGUGAGAGUCUCAACGCUUCUUCUAAAACAUUCGACAAAUCAAAACUCUCUAUCUCUCGCUUCUUCUUAUUCUUCAACCCUAGUUCUCUUCUCAAGACAAUUUUGUCUUCAAAGAGGAGACUACAAAGAGGAGGAUAUAGCCAAGAGAGGGGAGAGCUUUAUGGUGGUGGAUGAUGUCACGAGAGGGCUACCAAAGACCGACGGGCUCAAAUCUGACUUUGGAAUGGGCUUUGCUCUAUGGGCCCUUUUUGCUACUAAAUCCAACAAGGUAAAAAAAAAGCAAAAAAAAAAAAGACAGCAAAAAUUACGGACCAUAAAAAACGGCCACGUGUUCAUCAUGUUCACCGUCAACGAAAGAGAUUCCGAUUAAGAGAGAUGUCGAAGGAGAUAAGAGAGAAAGGGGACCCAAAAAAAGGGUUAGGUGGAUCUCUCAUGAAAUCGGUGGAGCUCCCCCAUAUCUUUUUUAAAUAGCUUUCUUCUUUUGGCCCCUUACCCAGAGAUAGAUUCUUAUAUACUACUGAGAAUCUUCAAUUUCUGCAACUUUUGUAUCUCUUCCUGGUGAGCCCUUCUCUUCCUCUCGCCACUUUUUUAGGGUUCGGGUUUUCUUUAAAAUCUGACCUUUUUGCUUGCCUCUGUUUUUAUUAUUCGUGUUAGGGUUUGUUGUUUUUUCACUUUCUGACUCUGCCAUCUGGAAUUUAUCUGAUUGGGACACUUUGAUUCUGUUUAUACAAACAGUAGUUUUAUUUACUGAGGGGUCAAACUUGAAUCUGUAUUUUAGGGUUUUGACUCUUUGUGUUAUUAUAUGGUGUGAAAGCGUUGACACUGUUUGUUUGCUUGACGAGUUCCUCCUUUUUGUAGCAGUAGUGGGAAUGUGGUGGGAUACAUGUCUUUGUCCUUUGAUUUGAUAUUUCUGGAUAAAUUUGCUUUCUUUUUUGUUGAAACAGAUCACCAAAUAAGAAAACUCUUGUGGUUCUAUUGAAUUGGGUUUCCACUAUCUUUAUUGUAGAGAUGGAGUCUUCAAGUCCCCACCAUAGUCACAUUGUUGAGGUUAAUGUUGGAAAAUCUGAUGAAGAGAGAAUAAUUGUGGCGAGUAAAGUCUGUGGAGAAGCACCAUGUGGGUUUUCAGAUUCUAAGAAUGCUUCCGGGGAUGCUCACGAACGCUCUGCUUCUAUGCGGAAGCUUUGUAUCGCCGUCGUGCUGUGUCUAGUGUUCAUGAGUGUUGAAGUUGUUGGUGGGAUUAAAGCCAAUAGUUUAGCUAUAUUAACCGAUGCAGCUCAUUUGCUCUCUGACGUUGCUGCCUUUGCUAUCUCCCUCUUCUCAUUGUGGGCUGCUGGCUGGGAAGCGACUCCUAGGCAGACUUACGGGUUCUUCAGGAUUGAGAUUUUGGGUGCUCUUGUAUCUAUCCAGCUCAUUUGGUUGCUCACGGGUAUUCUGGUUUAUGAAGCGAUUAUCAGAAUUGUUACAGAGACCAGUGAGGUUAAUGGAUUCCUCAUGUUUCUGGUUGCUGCCUUUGGUCUAGUGGUGAACAUCAUAAUGGCUGUUCUGCUAGGGCAUGAUCAUGGUCACAGUCAUGGACAUGGGCAUGGCCACGGCCAUGACCAUCACAAUCAUAGCCAUGGGGUGACUGUUACCACUCAUCACCAUCAUCACGAUCAUGAACAUGGCCAUAGUCAUGGUCAUGGAGAGGACAAGCAUCAUGCUCAUGGGGAUGUUACUGAGCAAUUGUUGGACAAAUCGAAGACUCAAGUCGCAGCAAAAGAGAAAAGAAAGAGAAACAUCAAUCUCCAAGGAGCUUAUCUGCAUGUCCUUGGGGAUUCCAUCCAGAGUGUUGGUGUUAUGAUUGGAGGAGCUAUCAUUUGGUACAAUCCGGAAUGGAAGAUAGUGGAUCUGAUCUGCACACUUGCCUUUUCGGUUAUUGUCCUAGGAACAACCAUCAACAUGAUUCGCAACAUUCUAGAAGUAUUGAUGGAGAGUACACCCAGAGAGAUUGACGCCACAAAGCUCGAAAAGGGUUUGCUCGAAAUGGAAGAAGUGGUGGCUGUUCAUGAGCUCCACAUAUGGGCUAUCACAGUGGGAAAAGUGCUAUUGGCUUGCCAUGUCAAUAUCAGACCAGAAGCAGAUGCAGAUAUGGUGCUCAACAAGGUAAUUGAUUACAUCCGCAGGGAGUACAACAUUAGUCAUGUCACGAUACAAAUCGAGCGCUAAAAGCUAAGUAAGAUCUGAUGAAGGGUUUUUGUAUCAGCAUUCUCAUUAACAAUAAAAUCAAUAAAGUUUCUACAUUUUUCACUUUCUCGUGUUCCUCUGCUUUGGUUUAUAUUGGUAUAGUUAUAUACUUAUAUGUCGUCAUCGUUUGGUUGAGCACAAGUAAGCACUAUUCCUCUUCAAGGAAGAAACUUUUUGUCCUUGUUUCAAAAAGGGUGAAAGGACACAACUGCUUAGAACAGAUACGUCAUUCUUA